CUCCCCCAAAUCGAAAACAAAUUAGGGUUAGGGUUCUUCAACGAAGUUGAUGAGUGGUGAUCCAGUCGAUGAGGUAGAAUUUGAGAGACAAUGUGGCGAUGAAGCUCAUCCUAGGCCUGCCCUUGACACAGAUGAUGAGUGGGAAGCUUUCAACGAAGAGGAAAGAUCAGUUUCCAUAAGAAAAUACGUGAAAGAUAAGCCUCCAUACUUGGUAGCAGAUACAAUGUUGGACAAGACAUGGGUUCAUCUAUGCAGAACUGAUCCUGCUUAUGAGAUUGGUGCUUUGAACUUUGUUCAUGUGGUUACUGCUGCUUUAGGAGGAACUGAUAUGGUAAUAUGCCCAUGUACUGACUGUCGCAAUGUAGAUCGUCAUUUAGGCACAGUAGUAGUUGAUCAUCUAGUAAGAAAGGGUAUGGAUGAGGCUUACAAGACAAGGAGGGAUUGGUAUCAUCAUGGAGAAAUGAUUUCAGGGGAUGCUGUAGACAGAAAUGGUAAUCAGUGGAAUGAAGAGAUUUUAGGGAUAUACAGAGCUGCUGAUUACUUAGAUGAAGAAUUGGCUAAUAGGGGAGAGUUGACAUAUGAUUCCUUCAGCAAGAGUACUUUCACACUUAAAGCAAUGCUCCUUUGGACUAUCAGUGAUUUUCCUGCCUAUGGAAAUCUUGCUGGAUGCAAAGUAAAAGGUAAGAUGGGUUGUCCUUUAUGUGGGAAGAACACUGAUAGUAUGUGGUUGAGUAACUGUAGGAAGCAUGUCUAUAUGUGCCAUCGCAAAGGUCUUUCACCAACUCACAGUUAUAGGGGCAAGAAGACAUGGUUUGAUGGGAAAGCUGAACAUGGAAUCAGAGGACCUGCCAGUAAGACACAAUUUAGAUGUGAUGCAUGUGGAGAGAAACGUCUGUGCAAGCAUUAUUGCUACUCUGUUGCACUGUGGUACAUGAAAGUCUUGAAAGAUUAUGUCAGAAAUCCAGCAAGACCAGAGGGGUGCAUAGCUGAGUCUUAUCUAGCAGAAGAAUGCAUGGAGUUUUGCAAUGCUUUCUUGAGGAAGACUACAAAUGUAGAAGAGAAAGCUGACAGAAACACAGAGUAUGAGAGUAGCUCAAUCUUAGAGGGUCGUCCUAUAUCUGCAGCAACUGCAUUCACUUUUACUGAAAUGGAGAAGAAGAUAGCCCAUCUUGCUGUAAUUCAAAAUACAGCAAUGGUUGAUCCUUAUGUGGAUAUCUACAAGACACUAAUGCCAAAUGCAAACGUGAUGCUACUGUUUUGUGGAAUACCUAUGGACUCAGAUGUGCAUGAAGAUACAUUAAAGUGGUUGGCAUAUGGUCCUAGAAGCAUUGCAAGGUCUUACACUGGUUACAUAGUGAAUGGCCUGAGGUUUCACACAAACUCUGUUGAUAGGCUAAGUCAGAAUAGUGGAGUGUUUUAUGAGGCCACAGCCAUGUGUCGUUCUAGUGCUAAGGACACUUCUCAAGUUGUUGAUUGGGUUUCAUACUAUGGGAGAGUCACUGACAUUAUUCUGGUAGAUUACAAUGUCUUCUAUGUUCCCAUCUUCAGAUGUCAAUGGGCAGUUAGAGGUAAUGGAGUGAAGAUUGAAAAUGGAUUCACACUAGUUAACUUGAAUCAGAGUCAGACAUCUUUUGCAAGGGAUCCAUUCAUAUUAGCGUCUCAAGCAAAGCAAGUAUUUUAUUCUAGGGAAAAUGAUUCAUCUAAUUGGUUUGUUGUGAUGAAAGGUCCUUCUAGAAGAUACAAUGAGGAAACUGAAGAAGAUACAGAUGUUGGACCAUUACCAUCGAUUAUUGAUAUGAAUACUGAAGACUUGAAUGAUGAGUCUCAGAAUGCCCGGAGUGAUUGUGAAGGGAUAUAUAUGGCUCCAAAGAAAAAGGUUUCAAGAAAGAGGAAAACCCCUGUAGAAGAUGUGGAGCCAGAGUAUUUGGGUACUAUUGAACCAGCUUUGGAGAUGAUGGAAGCUGAGACUCAACAAUCACAUGAGGAAGAUAAUGGAGGUGAGGGUGAUGUCUUAGCAGAUAAUGAGAAGCAUCCAACUUCUGAGACUGAUAUUGGAGUGAAAGAAGAUGGUGAGGUACCUACAGCUGAUGCAGAACAAGAAACAGAAGGACAGCACCAAUCUGAAGAGGCUGCAAUUCCAGUUCAGCAGCAGCCAAAGAGACGCAGAGGACCAACAAAGAUGAAAGACAUCGCCAAGGAUCCAAACUCAAGAAUAAAAGUUGAUUUUACUGACCUAGCAGAACCUUGUGGACCAUGGUCAGUUAAGUUAUCAUCAUACAUAGGUUCUUUAGUAAGAGAACAUGUUCCUAUUAUAAUUGAAGACUGGAGGAAGAUUGGGGAAGAGCGCAAAACUGUUUUGUGGAAGUCUGUUCAGGCAAGAUUUGAACUUGAUGGAGAGUAUGAAAAGGCUGCUGUUAUCAAACAUAUGGGUUGCCUGUGGAGAGCUUACAAAUCAAGGAUGGUACAGAAUGUGAUUAAAGCAAACAACAACGCAGAUAGGAUGAAGCUACGACCAAAGAAUGUUCCUAUUGGGGAAUGGCGAAAGUUUGUCAAGCUAAAAACUAGUCCUGAAUUUCAGGCUGUGAGUGAUGAAUACAAGGAGAGAAGACGUAAUCAGAUUCCUCACACUUGCAGCCGUAAAGGAAUGGUUAGGCUUGCAGAAGAAUUGAAAAAAGAAUGCUCAGAACCAUCAGAAGUCACAAGACUGAAAGUUUGGGUGAAGUCUCGAACCAAAAAGGAUGGUACAGCAGUCAAUACUAAGGCAGCUGAGAAAAUUAGGAAGGCAAAUGAGCUUGCUGCAUCUGGAGAUCCCUCAUCCACAUCAUCAAAUCCAAAAGACGACCUACUUUCUCAGGUAUUAGGACCUGAUAAUCCAGGCAGACUGAGAGCUAUGGGUAGAGGAAUGAGUCUGAGUAAACUGGCUUGUUUCCAAGUCAAGAACAAGCAUAUGGCUGAUAUGCAACAAAACCAAUCCCAACUACAGAAUCAGGUUCAAGACUUGCAAGAAGCACUUGCUAAAAUGAAUUACCAGAGAGAAACUGAACCUGAAAUAGGUGAAAACUCUGCUCCAACAAGUGUGAAAAAUAGAUCUAAACCUAAGUGUGUGUUGCAUGAUUGGUCUGGUACUGAUGACAAAGUUGCUGAGGGACUUAUCAUGUCUUCUGAUCGUGGUGACUUCGUCGACGACACAUGAUAUCUUGUAUUUUUGUUAGUUUUAUAGCUUUGUUUCUCUUAGUUUUCAACCAUUUUGCAUUCAUGUUUAGGUUAUUAGGUGCAUAUUUGCAUUGCAUUUCUUACUUCUAGGUUCAUGGAGUGGAUUUUAGAGUUUUGAUGGCAAUUGGAGCACUAAUGGGGUAAAAAGAAGUAAAUCAAGCAAAAAGGAACUA